AAUCUUGUGGUCUCAAUUCUAACAACCCGGAUAAUCUUUUAUAAUGGCGAGGAAAUAGACACGUCAUGCAGAAACGUGGAACAAUUCCAUUACUUGUACGAUUCCUAUUAUUCUAUUGGCCAGGAGGUUUCCACAUCAUCUUCAUUCCAUUCUUCUCCAGUGGACUCAGACUGGUUUUGAGCCUCAAAAUGUUGUUGAUGAGAAACCUGCCUAUCCCACCAAAUCUCACCUCAAAACCCUUGUUGUUUUGUACCCAUAUUCACCUCCCUGGUCGCUUCCAAAUCAUGAAUUUUAGUCUAAAAUCAGGACCCAAUUUGGUUUCCACACCAAAGACCUUUCAGGUUCCAGGACUACAUUCCGAUGAAAUUGAUCGAGUGGCGGAUGAAACGUUCCACAGAUACUCUUCGUCAAAGAUCCGAAGAAAUGGUGUUGGGGUUGCCAUUGUUUGGUUCAGAAAUGAUUUGAGGGUUUCGGACAAUAAGGCCCUGUAUCAGGCUUGGAUUUCAUCUGAGGCUGUGUUGCCUGUCUACUGCAUUGAUCCUCGGCUUUUUGGCACAACCCAUUACUUCAAAUUCCCUAAAACUGGAGCGUUGCGAGCAAAUUUUCUGAUCGACUGUUUGGCCGACUUGAAAAAGAAUCUGAUGAAAAUGGGUUUGAACUUGAUCAUACAACAUGGGAAACCCGAGGAAAUUCUCCCUACAAUCACAAAAGCUUUUGAAGUGCACACAGUCUAUGCCCAGAAAGAAACAUGUAGUGAGGAGGUCAAUGUAGAGAAACUUGUUAGUAAUGCUCUGAGGAUGGUGGUGAAAACACAAGGGGGAUCCUCUGAUAAAAAACCUGCAAAUUCAAGGCUACAACUUAUUUGGGGGAGUACUAUGUACCAUAUUGAUGACCUCCCUUCUAAUCCAGGCAGUUUGCCAGAUGUCUACACUCAGUUCCGUAAGUCUGUUGAAUCCAAGUGCACAGUACGGAGUUGCUUUAAGCUUCCAGUUUCUCUUGGGCCACUUCCUAGCAGAAGCUUGGAUGAUUUGGAGGGAUGGGGAUGUGUUCCCUCCCUUAACCAGCUUGGACUAUGCCAGGAAAAGGGUGAUAAGGGAAUGAGGCUUGUGGGCGGUGAAAGUGCAGCAUUGGGCAGGGUGCAUGAGUACUUCUGGAAGAAGGAUUUGUUAAGGGUCUACAAAGAGACAAGAAAUGGAAUGUUAGGACCCGAUUACUCGACAAAAUUUUCUCCAUGGCUUGCAUUCGGAAAUCUCUCUCCGCGAUUUAUAUAUGAUGAGGUAAAAAGAUAUGAAAAAUUGCGACAAGCAAAUGAUUCAACAUACUGGGUUUUGUUUGAAUUGAUUUGGAGAGAUUAUUUCAUAUUUCUAUCAAUCAAAUAUGGAAAUUCAAUAUUCCAUUUAGGAGGGCCAAGAAAUGUGAUUUCUAAGUGGAGCCAAGAUCAGAUCCUGUUCAACUCUUGGAGAGAAGGUCGUACAGGGUAUCCUCUAAUAGAUGCAAAUAUGAAAGAAUUGUCCACCACUGGUUUUAUGUCAAAUCGGGGACGCCAGAUUGUAUGUUCAUUUCUUGUUCGAGAUAUGGGCAUUGACUGGCGUAUGGGGGCAGAAUGGUUUGAGACCUGCCUUAUAGAUUACGACCCCUGUUCAAAUUAUGGAAACUGGACCUAUGGUGCAGGUGUAGGGAAUGACCCAAGAGAGGAUCGGUACUUCAGUAUUCCGAAGCAAGCACAAACUUAUGAUCCUGAUGGAGAAUAUGUUGCAUACUGGUUGCCUGAGCUACUAGCACUUCCCAAAGAAAAAAGAAAUUUCCCUGGGAAAGAAUAUAUCAAGCAAAUUAUACCUCUAAAAUAUGGAAACACCAAUAGUAGGCAAGGUUGCUCCCAUACCCAGAUGGGGAGAAAGAAGAAGAGAGUAUGACAAAUGAAAUCAAUUUCACAGGAUUCAUGUGGUUGAUGAGCAUAUAUAGUUGGUUGCUGGGAUCAGCUUUAAGAGUUUUGAUUGGUAUGCCGGCUUGGACCGUGUGCCGUAAGCAAGAGGAUGUUUGUUGAUCUAACCCAGCUUCCAGCUUACUACUGAACACAACAUAUCCAAAUGCAAAUAAUACAAGUCAAAAAAUUAACAGUACUGAAAAGCUACCUAUUGUGGGUGGUACAUGUUAUGUGGACUACAUUGAUUCUUGGAAUCUCUUCCUUUUCUUAUUUUUCAAUGAAUAUAUUUUUUUAAUGAUGGCCAGAUUGUACCUAUGUUUUUACCUCUUAUCCCAAUACUAUACAAACACCUUUGCUUUUAUUAGUA